UGCAAACACGAAGCAGCCGAAGAUCCUUCGACGUCGCGACAUAUCGAUGUUCGCUAUUUUCGAAAUUGUGUGAUUCAAAGUAAGAUUUGUUUGUAAGGCGCUUCUGGUUCGUGUGAAAGGUGAAGCAGGCAGCAAGAUGGGACGCAACUUCUACAUGACACUGGACGUGGAUCGCGAUGCGAGUCUAGCAGAUAUCAAGAAAGCGUAUCGUCUUCUGGCCUUGAAGCACCAUCCAUCCAAAUCGAGCACUGAGGACAGUGCAAAGAUAUUUCUUGAUAUCGCACAAGCCUAUGAUGUCCUCAGCAAUGAAAAGCACCGUGCCAUUUAUGACCAGUUUGGCGAGGAAGGUCUCAUAUUGGGAGUUCCUAUGGAUGAAGAAGGCGGCUUCUCUGGUGGUUACAACUUCCAUGGGAAUGCAGAUCAGGUUUUCCGCGAGUUCUUUGGCGGAGACAACCCAUUCGCUGAGAUGUUUGACUUCGGCAUUACCGGUGACCUGCGAGGCGCUCCUGAGUUUGGCGGCCUGAUGGGCCGUGCCAGGCCGAAGCAGGCUCCAGAUCAGCUGCAGGACCUACGCGUAUCCCUGGAGGAAGUGUAUCGGGGCUGCACGAAAAAGCUAAAGAUCACAAGACAGGUAAUGAAUAACGAUCGGCGCACGGCAAUGGUCAAGACGAAGGUUCUGACGGUCAAUGUACCACCUGGUGCCACGGAAGGGAUGAAGUUCCGCUACCGCAAGGAGGGGGACCAGAGCGUAAACAACUUACCCGCCGACCUGGUGUUUCAACUGAACAGCUACAAGCAUGAGCGCUUUGUGCGGUCUGGACACAACCUGCUAUACGAGCACCACGUGCAGCUCUGGGAGGCCCUGUGCGGCGUGUGGCUGGAGAUACAAACGCUGGACUCGCGCUUCAUCACAGUUGCAAUCAACGACAUCAUCAGACCCGGAUACACGAAAGUGGUCAAGGGAGAAGGCCUGCCAAGGCACGAUUGUCCAGGAGAGACGGGAGACAUGAUCAUCUCGUUUGUGGUGGAGUUCCCACGCCGGCUAACCUCCACACAGAAGGAAUCCAUCCGAAUGACCCUGGGCAGCACAGCAUGACGAGGAGAGACAUGGUCAUGGGUGGCGUGUUCACCGGUGCCCGGCCAGGCUACACACCUUCAACAGCCUGCCAAGAUGGUGGCAGUGGUGUUGGGUCUUCAAUAGCCUUGUCACAAUACCAUUGCAGUUACCAUGCAUGCUAUGCUGGAACAAAGCACUAGGUGUAUCAACCUGGUGCUGCUACAUUUUAUGACACAAACUGACACAAACCAAACACUUGAGUUGAUCGUAAACAAACUAUUGACAUGUACAUGUAAUAGAUUCUAAUUUUUUCUUUGUAUGCAUGUAUGUGUGAAUCUUGUCCUAGCGCAUUCAGUCCAGCAACUGGAUGCAAUAUUUUGAUGUGCUCGGUUGUCGCCGUGCUCUCUGCUGUGGUGUUAGCAUUCUCUGGCCAAAACGUUUCUUCAUACCAGUGUAUAGUUGCUUCUUUCUACACGGUCUGUACACUGUCCACGGUA